GUCAUACAGGAAGAGGAAGUGAGUGAGUGGUGGAGAUUAAAGCGAGAAGGAUGGAUACACAGCCAUAUAACGCAAUUUAACUCGCCUUUAUUUGCGUGAAAUACCGUGAAAGGCGAUGGACGAGCUUUCCCAGCUAAUGUGAUCGAGAUCUGAAAGACAGAGAUUGUCAUUAUUACCACGGGUCACAUUUGUCUCACAGGGUUGUAGGCUUAGAUUGAAGACGUCAGCCACAUGAUGUUGGACCACGCCGACGUGAGUUUGACCCCAGAUGAACGGGUUCGGGCCUUGACCAAGAAGGGCAGCUCGGUGGAUAUGAAUGAGGCUGUGCCCCUCCGCCGAUACUUCCGCUCGGGCAUGGAGAUGAUCCGCAUGGCCCACGUGUACGCCGAGGAGGGCAACACAGAGCACGCCUUUGUCCUCUACAACAAAUACAUCACGCUUUUCAUUGAAAAGCUCCCUAAGCAUCCAGAAUAUAAGCUGUCUAAUAUUCCUGAGAAGAGGGAGACUUUAAGGAAGCUAAAGGAGACCGCUUUUCCUCAAGCUGAGCAGCUAAAGAAGCACUUACUGAGGAGGUAUGAGAGAGAACAUGCAGAGUUUGUCAGCAAAAAGCGUGCAGAAGAUCAAGCCCUUCAGCGGGAGUUGUCUCGGCAGCGUGAGCUGGAAGCGGAGAGGCGGCGUGUGGCAGACAUGCAGAGGAGGCAGCUGGAGCAGGAGCAGUUCAGCAUGUUUGAGGAGAUGAUCCGGCAGCAGGACCGUCAGCGUGAGCGACCAAACGUCCACGGAUUCAACACAGCAGCACGCCCCCAAGAUGAAGCACUGCUCAUCCCUGGGAUUCAGGGUCCCCCUCUGCCCUACCUAGAGUCCCCCACUCCCCCUCAGAGUCCACAGCACCCCUCGGCAAAUCACAGCGCUCCAUCAGCUGCACCGCCGACCUUUGACCGCUCACUUAAGCCGGGUCACCUCAGCAACAAUACUACAUUGGUUGAUGGUUUACGGCAGAUUGCUGUUCCUGCUGAGCUUUGUGGCAAAUUUCUGCGACUGGCCAAUAACAACACCAUAAGAGCCGUGGAAACCUGUGGGAUACUCUGUGGGAGUCUGAAUAGGAACGCUUUCACCGUGACACACGUGAUCGUGCCGAAGCAGUGUGGGGGUCCAGAUUACUGUGACACAGAAAAUGAAGAGGAGCUGUUUCUGGUGCAGGACCAGUAUAACCUCAUCACCCUAGGCUGGAUACAUACUCACCCCACUCAGACGGCUUUCCUGUCCAGCGUCGACCUGCACACUCACUGCUCAUACCAGAUGAUGCUGCCGGAGUCCAUCGCCAUUGUCUGCUCUCCCAAAUUCAAUGAGACGGGCUACUUCAGGCUGACAGACUACGGCAUGGAGGAGAUCUCAACCUGCACUCAGAAAGGCUUUCAUCCUCACCCCAAAGAACCUCCUCUUUUCACUGGUGGCAGCCACAUUAGAAUCACGGAAGGCACUGUAUCGAUGCUAGACCUGCGGUGAUCCGUCUCUGGUGUUCACACAGCAGUACCGUGAAGCUUAUUUUUUUAAUCUGUCCUCGCUAACUCGUCUGAUGGACUCGCUCUCGUACGGAACCAGCUUUCACUGGUGGUGGGUUUCUAAGAGACAGACACUCGUCGAAAACAAGCACUUUUUGGGAAAUAUGAAGACACUAACUGAAGCAGCGUCUUUUAUGACAUCCGUUGGGAGCUCAGGAACACAAACACCUCCACAGGACUGCAGCCCAUCCCUGUUUCAUUUUGCUUUGCCCUAAUGAUCUAGUGAGCCAUACGCAAAUGUUUUGAUGCCCUCCAGGUUUAUUUAUGCUCUUAGUGACGCCAUACACUCUAACAUAUCACAUCUGUAGAAAUAACAUUAAGGCGAAGGGUUUUAUAAGCUACUGAGUAUCUUUGGUUAGAGCUGAAUGGGUCAAUCCUGCAGGGCUGCACCUGUCAUGAAUGCCAGCGAUAUCAUUUUAGUUCAUUUCUUAAAUAUUUUUGAAAUGCAAAUUCUUUUUUGAUAACAAUAAUCAGUCCAUGAUGUUGUUGAAUUUUUGGUUCUGAUUGAUUGAUUGAUUGAUCUGAUGGGCCAUUCACACAGAAUGUGUUUUUGCGUUUGUGAGACACAGGACAGUGAAAUAAAAAAAAAAGCCAAAUUUCCUUUAACCUGAGCAUCACGUUUUUAAAACAGUGUGUUGUGUUAGAUGCUAAAAAAGACACAAGCGCAACAGUCAAGGGGGUGAUGAACACUUAAAAAUAUGAGACCGCGCAGUGGGAUGAAAAAAGCUAAACUUACUGUUAACUUGAGCCAUGCCUUUAGAACUUUUUUUUUUUUUUUUU